GAGGAAUAAACUUAGAGAGGAGGGGCCCCGGAGGUGGGCUCUCGCAGUGAAACAGUGGGACACUGGGGCCACUGCUGGCAGGACUCGGGCCUCAGAGAGCGCUCUUGUCACUGGCCUUGUGAAGGAGUUAGUUUGACAGGGAUUAGGAAUUAACGCCAGGCACAGUUUUGGGAGGAAUCAGAGGGAGAAGUGAGAAGGUAAAAGGAAAAGGAGCUAGGAAUGCAUGUGGAAGAGGUCAGCAUCUUGUUCUGGGAAGGAUUGUUCACUUGAAGAGAGGGCCAGAUUAAAGUGCUAAAUACCUUAAGAAGCUUGAGAGACUUGAUUAGUGCUUUCGGUGAGAGGACAGUGCACUUUUCUAUAUUUCUUCGAAGACAACCUGCACACAGUCAAUCCUUUUGGUUACUUUUCUGUCCUGAGAAUAGGUACAACUCUUAUCCUGAGCCACAUGCAUGUGCCCAUAUUGAUAAGGUUAACACAGGAACAUGCUGGUUUUAAGGUCUCUUUCUUCUCUUGAGCCCCAGAAGAAAACAGAUGGACCAGUCCUCAUAGUGGAUGACCUCUCCUGCCUGACCAACAGAUGGGAGUGUACUGGGAUCUGACCAUCACUGGCCUCUGAGCAUAAUAAACCAGCUGAAUGAAGCAAGGUAACAGCCUCCUGGGAAGGACUUUGAAGUCUGCAGUGUGGGGGGGAGGGGCUUGGACACACCCCUUCCCCCAGACUCCUCCCCCUCAAGGUCCACUCAGCCAUGGACUUUGGACCUGGAUGAGAAAAGCUGCACAUUUUUUGGUGGAUCUGUCUUGGAUUCUCAGUUUUGGAAAUGGAAUGCUGGAUGGGGGUUUGAUGCUCUCCAGGGGAGCGACUGAGAGGAGAAAGGUGCAUGACUGCUUCCUAAUCCCAUAGGCCAGGGGAAGCAUCUCUAGAAUUGUGGUCAAGGCAACUCAGGGGCAGCCUCGAGCCCUCCCUUGCCUGCCCUCCCCGGUGGGGGCCAGAAUGCUGAAGAAGCAAUCUGCAGGGCUUGUGCUGUGGGGAGCUAUCCUCUUUGUAGCCUGGAAUGCCUUGCUGCUUCUCUUCUUCUGGACACGCCCAGCACCUGGCCGGCCACCUUUAGACAAUGCUCUCAAUGAUGACCCUGCCAGUCUCACCCGAGAGGUGAUCCGCCUAGCCCAGGAUGCCGAGGUGGAGUUGGAGCGUCAGCGGGGGCUGUUGCAGGAGAUCAGGGAGCACCAUGCUCUGUGGAGUCAGCGGUGGAGGGUCCCCACUGUAGCUCCUCCUGCCCAGCCUCAUGUGCCUGUGACCUCUUCUCCAGCUGUAAUUCCCAUCCUAGUCAUUGCCUGUGACCGCAGCACUGUCCGCCGCUGUUUGGACAAGCUGCUGCAUUAUCGGCCUUCAGCUGAGCACUUCCCCAUCAUUGUCAGCCAGGACUGUGGACACGAGGAAACGGCCCAGGUCAUUGCUUCCUAUGGCAGUGCAAUCACGCACAUACGGCAGCCUGACCUGAGCAAUAUUGCCGUGCAACCGGACCACCGCAAGUUCCAGGGCUACUACAAGAUCGCCAGGCACUAUCACUGGGCACUGGGCCAGAUCUUCCAUGAGUUCAAGUUCCCUGCGGCUGUGGUGGUGGAGGAUGAUCUAGAAGUGGCACCAGACUUCUUUGAGUAUUUCCAGGCCACUUACCCACUGCUAAGGAGUGACCCCUCUCUUUGGUGUGUGUCUGCCUGGAAUGACAAUGGCAAGGAACAGAUGGUGGACUUGAGUAAGCCAGAGCUUCUCUAUCGCACAGACUUUUUUCCUGGCCUGGGCUGGCUGCUCUUGGCUGAACUGUGGGCUGAACUGGAGCCCAAGUGGCCUAAGGCCUUCUGGGACGACUGGAUGCGCCGACCUGAGCAACGGAAGGGGCGGGCCUGUGUGCGCCCUGAAAUUUCAAGGACAAUGACCUUUGGCCGAAAGGGUGUGAGCCACGGGCAGUUCUUUGACCAGCAUCUCAAGUUCAUAAAGCUGAACCAGCAGUUUGUGCCCUUCACUCAGCUGGACUUGUCGUACCUUCAGCAGGAGGCCUAUGACCGUGAUUUCCUUGCCCGAGUCUAUGGUGCUCCUCAGCUACAGGUGGAAAAAGUGAGGACCAAUGAUCGAAAGGAGCUGGGAGAGGUGCGGGUGCAGUAUACAGCUAGGGACAGUUUCAAGGCCUUUGCCAAGGCCCUGGGUGUCAUGGAUGACCUCAAGUCAGGUGUUCCCAGGGCUGGCUACCGAGGCAUUGUCACCUUCCAUUUCCGGGGCCGACGUGUCCAUCUAGCGCCCCCACAGACCUGGGAUGGCUAUGAUCCUAGUUGGAAUUAGGAAAGCACCUGCCUUUCCCUCUGGGAUCUCUUCCUUGCCAUGUCAUGAGCUAAGAUGGGAUUACAGUCUCUGGACUGUAUAGUCCCGUCUGUGUUGCCCUGUUGGGUCCAUUUAUCUUUUUUUUUUUUUUGAGUAGCAUUCAAGUGCACAGAUGAUAAUAAAGUGAGGCUUAUUCUCCCGUUCUCAAGGGAGUCAGAGAAGAACAGCCAUUCUGAGGUGUGCUGGGAGAUAUUAUGCAAGAAACCACUGUGUGGUAGGAGGAGACUUGGCCUUACUGGGGCCAAGGAUGUCCAUAUCCUGAGGUUUUCCUAUGGUCUGCAGAGAAGUUGGCAACUUGAGCUUUCUUAACUAAGCCUCUUUGAUUUGGUUCUUCCAGCCAGGGCACGAGUCUCCUCCUAUGUCUUUCCUCCUUUACCACCUUCCCCCAGUAUGAGACUGUGUUAUGGGAGAAGAGAAUGUAUUUGUGGCCAAAACAAGGCUAACAAGAGGGGUUUAAUUGCAGGGACAAGGUAGAGUUGAUAGGUUGUCAGGGUUUACUGUCUGCUGCCCUUCUGUCCUUAUCACUGAUCUCGUCUCAGCUCUUCUUUCUCUGCAGCCUAGCACUUCGUAGUUGAAGUUGAAAAGUGGAGGAAGAAAA